AUUUUAUUUGACAUCAACAGCUGCACAUGAACUUUCUUGUGGUAUAGACUUCUACUCUCUAGCUCUGGCAAUAACCAAUUAAUGAAUUACCAUAGAUGUUUUAUAAAUUAUGUGAAUUGUUGCAAGAAACAAAUGGCACAAAUCUGCAGAUUGCUGGAUUCUUCACACAUAUAUCUGAAAUUCGUGACCAAAUGUAAACGUUUGUGGCUUUACCAGAGAUUAACAAGGUCAUAGCGCCCUCUAGGGGUCUAGUGGUCGAUUGCCUUAGUGGGCGGAGUCAAUGCAGUAUUUCCGCCCUCAUUUUUUUUUUUUUUUUGCGACUGACGUAUGAAGGAGAGGGUAGCAACAGUUGCCUCGAGACCCCCGCACGCCAUAGUGACUGUAGCCGUGGAGACAGUUACUUACCAACGGGUGCAACACUCAGCAACAGCAGCAGCAGAAGCAACUGGAACUGGAACUCAACGAGCAAGUGAGAGAGGGGAAAGAGAGCACAGCCAGGGCAGAACUUAUACAAGGCAAAGGUCCCAGCAUGCAGAGUUCAGAUGGAGGGUCCGAUUCGCCGUCCAGUGUGGUGCUGCGUACGUCCACCUCCACCCAGGCCCCCGUGGUGCAGCCUGUCCCAGCCUCACAACAGAGGGUGCUGGUUCAGGCCACGGGUUCGGCCCAGAAGGGAGCGCAGGUGCAGCAGCUGUCAGUCCCUCGGGUGCAACAGGUCCCUCAGCAGGUUCAGCAGGUCCAGCAUGUUUACCCCUCCCAGGUUCAAUAUGUAGGAGAGGGGGGAGAGGCAGUUUACACUAAUGGAACCAUCCGGACAGCCUACUCCUAUAACCCUGAGGCCCAGCUGUAUGGGCAAGGUAGUGGAGGAGCCUACUUUGACUCUCAGGGUGGGGGUGCCCAAGUCACCACGGUGGUCUCCUCGGCCGGCGGCGGGCCGCCCCACGGUAUGGUGGGCAUCGCCAUGGAUGUGGGCGGUAGUCAGGUCAUCUCCGGUGGCGGCACCUACCUGAUCCACGGCGGGGGCAUGGAUGGGGGUCGCCACCACGCCUCACACUCUUCCCGCUCCUCCUCUGCUAUGCUUGAAAUGGCGAUUGAAAACCUCCAAAAGUCUGAAGGGAUUGCAACUCACAAAAGCAGCCUGCUCAACAGCCAUCUGCAGUGGCUGCUGGAUAACUAUGAGACAGCGGAGGGGGUGAGCCUGCCCCGGAGCUCCCUCUACAACCACUACCUGCGCCAUUGUCAGGAGCAGAAACUGGACCCUGUCAACGCUGCCUCCUUUGGGAAACUCAUCCGCUCCGUCUUCAUGGGCCUCAGGACCCGCCGCCUCGGCACUAGGGGCAACUCCAAGUACCACUACUAUGGCAUCAGACUGAAGCCAGACUCACCACUCAACAGACUUCAAGAGGACUCUCAGUACAUGGCCAUGAGACAGCAACCCAUGCACCAGAAACAGAGGUUCAAGCCCCUCCAGAAGGUGGAUGGCAUGGGAGACAGCCUGUCAGGAGGCUCCCAGCACUCAGCCAGCACCCCAGAGCAGUCUGUGGCAGCCCAGAGCCAGCAUCACCAGCAGUACAUUGAUGUGUCACAUGUCCUGCCCCCGUUCCCCACCCCUGACCUGGGCACCCAGCCCCUCCCCGAGCGUAUCAACAUGAAUGACGUGAAGAAGCUGCAGAACCUGUACAGGGACCACUGUGAGGCUACUCUGGAUGUGGUGAUGAACCUCCAGUUCCACUACAUUGAGAAGCUGUGGCAGACCUUCUGGUAUUCAACAGCGCCAUCUAGUGACGUAACCACCACCAUCCCCAACAGUGAUGAGGACAUGGAGGGGGUGAUCCCCAGGGAGAAGCUGAUGGCUCUGUGCAAGUAUGAGCCUGUCAAGCUGUGGAUGAGGAGCUGUGACCAUAUCCUGUACCAGGCCCUGGUGGAGAUCCUCAUCCCUGACGUGCUUCGCCCUGUCCCCAGUACUCUCACUCAGGCCAUUCGCAACUUUGCCAAGAGUCUGGAGGGCUGGCUGACCACAGCCAUGAGCGACUUUCCCAAUGAGAUUGUACGCACCAAGGCAGCGGUGGUGAGUGCAUUUGCUCAGACCUUACGUCGGUACACCUCUCUGAACCACCUGGCCCAGGCGGCCCGCGCCGUGCUGCAGAACACCUCCCAGAUCAAUCAGAUGCUCAGCGACCUCAACCGCGUCGACUUCGCCAACGUACAGGAGCAGGCGUCGUGGGUAUGCCAGUGUGACGAGACUGUAGUCCAGCGGCUGGAGCAGGACUUCAAGGUGACCUUGCAGCAGCAGAGCUCUCUGGACCAGUGGGCCGCCUGGCUGGACAACGUGGUCAACCAGGUCCUCAAGCCCCACGAGGGCAGCACCAGCUUCCCCAGGGCUGCAAGACAGUUCCUGCUGAAGUGGUCCUUCUACAGCUCCAUGGUGAUCAGGGACCUGACCCUGCGUAGUGCUGCUAGUUUCGGCUCCUUCCAUCUCAUCAGGCUGCUCUACGACGAGUACAUGUUCUACCUGGUGGAGCACCGCGUCGCCCAGGCAACCGGAGAGACGCCCAUCGCUGUCAUGGGAGAGUUCAGUGACCUAAACUCAAUGUUGCCCAUGCUCAUGGAUAAAGACCCGUCCUUCUCAGACGACAUGAGUGACAUGGGCAGUGACGAGGGCCGGGGGCCCAACGAACCGACCGUGAAAAGGGAGAGGAUCGAAAUCAACCACUCGCUGCAGGAGAUCUGAGUCCAGAUGAGGCCCGUGGCCCUCUCUCAGGAGCCCUGCUGAAGCUCUGGGUUCUCCUGGUCCUGUAAGCACACUAAGAGCCGGUAGCCCAGCCUGCUACACAGCGAGUGUGUUCAGUGUAUAUAGAGAAGAGCAGCAGGCUCAGCCCCUACCCAACCACUCCUCCUAGUUAGUGUAUUUAAAGGUGGUCUCUUUAUCCCAGGGAAAACAAUGAAUGCUCACCAAGUGGGUCUGGUUUGACCUGACAGGGGUAUACAGUUCAAAUUUCUGUUUUGUUUCCCUGUUUUGCAACUGUGAAUAAGAAUGACUUUGUGCAGUACCCAUGUUGGAUACAUGUAACUUUGUAUGAGUGGUGUGUUUCUUAUCCUUUAUUAGCUGUGCCAUAGUGUAAUUCCAGUGCCUUAGAUGCUAACUCUUUAACCACCACUACUACAGAUGUCUAUCUCCUCCCUCAGCUGUGCCUCUACCGCAGUAUGAAUGUAUUGUUUCAAAACCUCAGACAUUCUAAAGCACCUUUAAACCUGUAGGUGUAAUAGGAUUAUUCUAUACGUGUUGCCUCAACGCACAUUGAUGCAACCAACUGACCCAAAGGACUUGUCCCUCUCCCACCAGCGCGGCCGCUCGUGGCUCUGUCAGUAGGACCUGAUGCAGAGAAAAAUACCCUAGUCUCAUUGUUGAUGGGAUGGCAGGGACCUCUAACACCCUGGCCGUAUGAGAUGAUUAGUUACCUCCUCCUUUUCUAUGCUCUGCUCUGCUUUGUUCUUAUGAGGCAACUAUAAAAGAGUAGCCACUGUUAACUCUACCAACUCCCCCAUACUCAAGUAACCUUCUCCAUGUGUGUAUAUAUAUAUCACUUUUCAUCCAAAUUGUAACUAUUCUAUGAUGCCGUUUGGCAUCAACUCAAUUUCAGGAUGCACACAAUGCUGGUCUCAUUGAUCCAUGACUCUAGAACUUUGGGGGGUGUUUCUAGACGUCACACCCCAGAGUCUAGGACAAGCCAGUUGCGUCUAUAUUGAUGAGACCUUUAGAUUUAUGUUUUAAGGACUGAAAUGAGAGUGGUGAACUGUGUUCAGGAAACCACCAGAUUGUAUGUAUAUAUAUAUAUGAUGAUCUACCUUCUGGGUUAACUGGAGCUGUCUGGCAUCCAUUUUGUGGAGCCGUAUGUCUGGCCCAAACUGGGCCAUGUCGAAUUUCUUAAGGGAUGUAAAAUAGUAUGUAUUUACCAAAACGUGAAAGAGCGUUGGACCGCCAAAGCCAAAACCCUUAAAAGGAAACUCCUAAUUGCAUCUGUUCAGUUCAACUGAUGCUCUGAGUUCAGAUAGUGUGGCUCACCCCCUUAAUGGUACCGUUACUCAAAUGGACUCGUUCCAUUUUGAUUGGAGGGGGAAAUAUUCAGAAUAUCCUGAUCCAUGUUUAGUUUAAUGCUCAAUAUAUGAAAGUGUAAACGGCUCGAGCCGGUUUCUCUAAAGAUGAUUUACAUAUUAUAUAGCCGUACAAUUGUACUGUACUGAUUGUGCGAAACCAACAAACUGUUAAACAUUCAUACAUAAAUAUAUUUCUUAAUAUGAUGUAGAAAAUGUGUUUAUUAAAUGGCCUUUUGAGUUCACAUGGGGCUGGAUCACACCGGUAUUGUGGAAGAUUGAAAUUGAAAGGCAACGUUCGAAGACUGCAUUCAUGGUAAACGGAAAUUACAUUUUUAAACACGGAUCUUCCGCAAUACGGAUUGAAUCCAGCACUUGGUCUUUCCCCAUUAAUUUCUCUCUUCCCAUACUGUACCGUUUGUGCUUUUAAAAGGGGAUGUCCUCCUUGCUUUGAUUAUUUAGUGGCUGGGACUGAUGUGUGUGACGCAGACGUUUUGUCUUGUUUUGAUCAUUUUCUAUGUCUUAUGGUCAACACAACAAUAUUUAACUGUAACAGUGUUGAUAUUUGGGGUGUAAGUGCCCAAUUAACCGUCAGUCACGUGUCCAUAUUGAGAGAAUCUCCAUUUCUAUUUAUGAAUAAAUAUAACUGAUUUAAUUACUGAUUGACAUGAACUUUUUUUUCUAAACACUUUUGGUUGAAUUUACCCCCCCCCCCCCCCCACAGAGUUUGUAGUAGCUUGAGAAUCCUGAGCUCUUUGUAACUCGUGCCUGUCACAGUACUUUGCCUUUUAAGUGCUUUGGAAAGUAAUUUCUACGUUAACUGUUUUUUGUAAUGCUGUUUAGACUUUUGGCUGAGGAUUAUUUUUUAUUGAACUAAAUCUGGUUCUUCUUACAAGUAUAUUGAACCCUUAUUUUUAUGUAUUUUUAAACAUUCUUGACUACACUUUACCUAGCUUGAGGGCAUACAGUCUGUAACAAACUGCAUAGUUCAACUGUAUUUUGUACUGAUCAAUGUGUAAUAAAUUGGUGGAAACCA